AUGGUCAAGACACUCAACAUUCGGGUCAACUCUGCCAUGAUCAGGCAGCUCAACCAGCAGGGUUACAAGCUCUGCUUUGCCACUGGUGUCCAAUCCGGCGGAAGAGUCAACUACAACGUGAUCGCCUCGACUAAUAGUGUUGCUUCGAAUAUCACGAUUCAGUGGGAGCACUCGUAUGCCAUCGCUGGCAGUACGAACUCUUUUCAACCAGGAUCCAUGCUCGUUGCGGCCACAAGCCCGGCCGACAUCAAUUUAGGCCAGAGUUACACCCUACCCCAGGACUUCACCGACGGAACCGUCAACGAUGACUCCUCAGCCCCCAAGGAUGGCAUCCGUUUUGUCAAUGAGACCCGCGGGGCCGCUGCCAUCCUCUACAAGAAGAUCAACGGCCAGCACGCCCCGAUCUACAUCAGUGCCAUGGCCCUUCUCCCCCAAGGCACCGAGGACAUCACCCCGCUCAGUAGGGUGGCCGUGUGGUUCCAAAACGAAGCCCAGACCUCUAUGAUGAUCUCCAAUCUCCCUGGCGAUUCUAGAGAGAUGGAAAUGAGCUUCCUGACGGAGGCGACCCUGGAGUAUACUGGUUCAGGAAGUUGGGUCCAGGUUUAA